ACAUAACCUCACUUUCCUUUCAAUUUGUAGCAGCGAACGUGUUUACAUCACGUUUUCGCAAAUAAAAUUCAAUUUCUUUUAUUUUAAUAACAAAACAAUAAAAAACCAAGAUGCCCAAGGUACGAAGUACCACCGGGGCCCCCCGUAAACAAGGAUUCAAUAGAUCCAAUCACUCUAUGAAUCCCGAACGUCCAAAAAGUGGUCUAAAAGGAGUCGCUCAUCCCCGUACCCAGGGAACCAUCAAACGGUUGCAAAUGUAUCGUAAUUUCAAGGCAAAGCGGGAUCGUACUGGUAAAGUUAUUGUCGCUGCACCAUUUCAGGGUCGCCUCAAGUCGGGUACAAUGGCUCGAGUCGAACCAACACCCAAAUGGUUUAGUAACUCUCGUGUCAUUUCACAAAAUGCAUUGCAAAAGUUCCAAGAUGAAAUUGGUAAGGCUAUCAAAGAUCCCUAUCAAGUUAUUAUGAAACCCACAAAUCUUCCAAUAACUUUACUCAAUGAAUCGAAUAAACAUCAACGUGUUCAUUUAUUGGACACUGAAAGUUUCGAUAGUGUAUUUGGAGCAAAGAAACAACGUAAACGUCCAACAUUGAAAGUUCGUGAUUUAGAAGAAUUGAGUAAAGCUGCCGAUGAGCAAGCUGAUAAUUAUGAUAAUACAAAAGAUGUGGAUCUUAUUCGUGAAGAUACAGGAGUUAAAGAUGCUAAAAGAGAUUGGAUCUUUGCCGCUGGUCAGAGUCGACGUAUUUGGAAUGAAUUGCACAAGGUAGUUGAUGCUUCUGAUGUAUUGUUACAGGUUCUAGAUGCUCGUGAUCCAAUGGGAACACGUUCCAAAUACAUUGAGGAGUUCUUACGUAAAGAGAAACCUCACAAACACUUGUUCUUUAUUUUGAACAAAGUGGAUUUGGUACCCGUUUGGGUGACACAACGUUGGGUUGCAAUUCUUAGCGCUGAAUAUCCAACAAUAGCUUUUCAUGCUUCGUUACAGCAUCCAUUCGGAAAGGGUGCAUUGAUAAAUCUGUUCCGACAACUUGGAAAGCUCCAUGUGGACAAGAAACAGAUUAGUAUCGGUUUUAUUGGCUACCCGAAUGUCGGAAAGAGCUCGGUUAUCAAUGCCUUGCGGAAUAAGAAAGUCUGUAAUGUAGCUCCAAUUGCUGGAGAGACUAAAGUUUGGCAGUACAUUACUUUGAUGAAGAGAAUCUUUCUUAUUGAUUGUCCUGGGGUAGUUUAUCCCUCGGCCGAGACAGAUACAGAAAAGGUACUCAAAGGAGUGGUACGUGUGGAACUUGUCACAAAUCCAGAAGACUACGUGGAGACUGUAUUGCAGAGAGUUCGAAAGGAGUAUAUAAGUAAAACCUAUAAAAUUGAAAAAUGGGAAUCGGCAAAGGAUUUCCUUGAACAGUUGUCGAAGAAGAGUGGUAAACUGUUGAAAGGAGGUGAACCAGAUAUAACAGUUACCUCACGAAUGGUGUUGAAUGAUUGGCAACGUGGUAAAUUGCCAUUCUAUGUGGCUCCAGAAGGUUAUGAGAUUCCUAAGUCCCAAUUAAACAAAAAACCCGAAGAAGAAAUUGUUGCCGAAACAGCAGCAGAUGAUGAUGCUAAAUCAGAGAAAACAUUUGUCAGUGAGUCGGUGAAGAAGGCAAAGGAAUUCAAACAAUUGCAAGAUUUCCGAAAGAUUAAGGUUGGCUUGGAAUUCGAUCAAGCUGAUGUAAAAGAACUUGACAAAAUUGAUUUGGAACUUCUAGAAGCCAAGAAGAAUGAACGAUUAGAAAAGAAGAGAAAGAGACAACUAGCCGAUGAAGAUGAAUCAUCAGAUGGUGUAAGUGAUUUCUAUUCGGAAGAUGAGUACGAUGAAGAUUUGCAACGGGUUGUGCAUAAGAAAUCAAAACCAAAAGAAGUACCAACUGCGAGUGGUACUUUUAAGGAAGAAGACGCCGACACUCCAGCUCCUUCAAAGAAAUUGAAGAAAAUGACAUCGAAGGAGAAACGUGCUGUUGAAAGGAGUCAAAAGAGAAAGAAAAUUGGAAGUAAUUUCUAUGAAGCGACAAAUGUUAAGAAUAGAAGAAAUCGAGACAAAAAUACGCAAAAGAAGGCGUAGUGAGUUGGUGUCUCUUUUUUUUAACUUUAAUUAUCUUACUUUUUUUUUUCUUGUCUUCGAUUUAAUAAAAAUGAUUUAC